AUGAGCGCGCCGCGCCGGGGCAACAAACUGGAGCUGCGCGCCGCCGCCGCCAUGGCGUCUACGCCGGGCCGCGUGGGCCCCGCCACGCCGUUGUCACCCACGCGCCUGUCGCGGCUGCAGGAGAAGGAGGAGCUGCGCGAGCUCAACGACCGCCUGGCUCACUACAUCGACCGCGUCCGCGCUCUCGAGCUGGAGAACGAUCGGCUGCUACUCCGCAUCUCCGAGAAGGAGGAGGUCACCACGCGCGAGGUGAGUGGCAUCAAGUCCCUCUACGAGUCAGAGCUGGCUGACGCCCGGCGGGUGCUGGACGAGACGGCCCGGGAACGUGCACGGCUGCAGAUCGAGAUUGGGAAGGCGCAGACCGAGCUGGACGAGGCCAAAAAGAGCACGAAGAAGCGGGAAGGCGAGCUCACAGUGGCACAGGGCCGAGUGAAGGAUCUAGAGUCCCUGUUCCAUCGGAGCGAGGCUGAGCUGGCAGCAGCCCUCAGUGACAAGCGGGGCCUGGAGAGUGAUGUGGCAGAGCUCCGGACCCAGCUAGCCAAGGCAGAGGAUGCCCACGCUGUGGCCAAGAAGCAGCUGGAAAAGGAGACACUGACACGUGUGGACCUGGAAAACCGCUGCCAGAGCCUGCGGGAGGAGUUGGACUUCCGCAAAAAUGUCUUUGAAGAGGAGGUGCGAGAGACGCGGCGGCAGCACGAGCGGCAUCUGGUGGAGGCGGACAGCAGCCGGCAGCAGGAAUAUGACCUCAAAAUGGCGCAGGCCCUGGAGGAGCUACGCAGCCAACACGAUGAGCAAGUGCAGCUGUACCGGCUGGAGCUGGAGCAGACCUACCAGGCCAAGCUGGACAAUGCCAAGCUCAGUUCUGACCAGAACGACAAGGCAGCCAGUGCAGCUCGCGAGGAGCUCAAGGAGGCGCGCAUGCGCAUGGAGUCAAUGAGCUACCAGCUCUCGGGCCUCCAGAAGCAGGCCAGCGCAGCUGAGGACCGUGCCCGCGAGCUGGAGGAGGCCCUCCAGGCUGAGCGUGACAGGUUCCGCCAGACGCUGGACGCGAGGGAGCAGGAGAUGAUUCAAGCGCGUGACGCCAUGCAACGGCAGCUGGCUGAGUACCAGGAGCUGCUGGACGUGAAGCUGGGGCUGGACGUGGAGAUCGCGGCCUACCGAAAGCUGCUGGAGGGAGAAGAGGACAGGCUGAAGCUGUCUCCCAGCCCGUCCUCCCGGCUCACUGUGUCACGGACUACAUCCAGCAGCAGCGGCAGCAGCGCAUCCACCCCAGGCCGGGGCCGGGGCAAGCGUCGGCGCCUGGAAGCCCAGGACUCCCCAGGCAGCAGCUCCAGCGGCUUCGCCUCGGGAAGCAGCAGCAGCUUCCGCCUGACCCAGCAGGUCACUGCCUCCAGUGGGGUGAACAUCGAGGAGGUGGAUGUGGACGGCAGGUUCGUGCGGCUCAAGAACAGCUCCGACAAGGACCAGUCCCUGGGGAACUGGAGGAUCAGGAGGCAGGUCCUGGAGGGUGAGGAGAUCUCAUACAAGUUUACGCCCAAGUAUGUCCUGCGAGCUGGCCAGACAGUCACGGUGUGGGCAGCUGGUGCAGGGGUGGCCCACAGCCCUCCAUCAACUCUCGUGUGGAGGAACCAGAGCACCUGGGGUUCAGGCGAGAGUUUCCGAACUGUGCUGGUCAACUCGGAUGGAGAGGAAGUGGCCGUGCAGGAUAUAAGGCAGUCCUCACCCGCAGUGCAGAGGAGCGAGAAUGGGGAGGAGGAUGAGGAGGAGGCUGAAUUCGGCGAAGAGGAUCUCUUCCACCAGCAGGGAGACCCCAGGACCACUUCAAGGGGCUGCCAGCUGAUGUGAACCUGCAGUGAAAACCCCUACUCUGCGGCCACCAGAGUCACUGAAAUAAUUUUUCUAUGGUUGGCUCCCCCCUAGCCUUUGGUAUAUUUCUAGGUGAUUCUUAAGCAACUUUGAGAACCCAGGUGGCUCUCUGGGUGGAUGUCUUUCGCCUACCCUGGUCACCUCCUGUCAUCCUGGGCUGGGACCCUGCAGGCUGAGGGUCUCCAGCCUAAGGGUGGAGGACGGCAGGUAUUUGCCUCCCUCCAUUCAAAGGUGGACCUGGGGGUCAGGGUGGCUGCAGAGCCUGGGUGGAUAAGUGCACACUACCUAGUGAGUCACUAGUUGAGAGUUUUUUUCUUUAAUGCUUUUUAAAAACCAAAUUCACUGGGGUGUGGUGGGGCACGCCUUUAAUGGACCUCUAUGAGAUCCAGGCCAGCCUGAGUUACACAGUGAGUUCCAGGGCUACAGGGAGACCCUGUCUCAAACAAAACAAAUUCAGGCAAACAGAAUCAGGUUAUAGCAGGGUUCAGGAAUCACCAGUCAUAGUUUGGUGGCUCUGCAGACAGGGAUGGACCUGGGCCUAGGGCCACCCCAGCAGUGUCCCGACUCCAGGGGGUCUGUGACAGUCCUCAACAUGAGGGCAGUAGGAGGCUUUACUGAGCCUAGAUUCUAGAACCUUCUAGUCCCUUCUAUUGCGGAGGACCAAGAAGGCAGGAAGGAAGAUGUCACACAUGAGACAUCUUUAAGAACGUCACCCCUGGAGACAGGAGGGAACAGAUGGGGGUUGUGAGUUUCCUACUGGUGACUGCUCAGGGUGGGGAGGCCAUGCACACACUGCUAUGUCGCCCCACCUGUGUCCACCACCGCUGUGGCCUGCGCUGGAACUGUCUCUCAGGCCUGCAGGUGCCAGCCGGCCCUUGGCCUGUCACAGUUACCUCACCCGCACAGACACACGUUAUUUUUUUAACGGAUAUUUAUUUUUCUACAUCGGUUAGUAACGCAGGUCACUAAGACCCUGCUCUAGGGGUUUAAGACCCACGACCACCAACUGAGACAGGGCAACUGUCCCCAGAGGGGUGACUCAAAGGUGGGGGACACCGGUGACUGGUAGCUUCCUUCAGAAAGUGCAGCUUGAGUCUCACGUCACUACUGAGCCAUUGGGGAUGGCGCACUGCCCUACCCACUUAGAGUUGGGGGAGCAGGAGGGUUUCAAGCCCAGCCCCUAAAAGGCAAGGGCUCAUACACAGCCACAGGAUGCCACCAACAUCGCCCGGGACACACUAGCCACCCCUUUGCUUCCAGACGCCUCUGGAUUCCGAAGCGAUGGGGUGGGUCUUGGGUCGUGUCUCCAGUGGUAGCUGGGGUGUCCAGGUGGGCUACCACUUAGCCCUAUCGCCUUCCCCUUUCUUUGGGUGCACCUGCCAGACCGGCUUCGUCCGAGCUGCUUUUGGGGGUCCAGGCUGAGGGGGCACGUAGGCGAGUGUCGCUGCGGCCGAGGAGCAGCCUGCACUGCGUGUACUACUCGGCUUUGCUGAUUUUUUUUUUUUUUAAGAUGCAUGCCAAACGUGUGUUCCGCCUUUUUUUUUUCUCCUGUGAUUUGUAAAAUACAUUUUACGACUGGAAAUUUUUGUACAACACUCCAAUAAACACUUUGAUUUAAACAGGCGCUUCCAGGUUGAUUCUCCAGCCGGGGCAGCAGCCAACACCCGCCUACUUUGAGUUUAGUACAGCUGUAGGCGUGCCUUAGGCCAUUGCGCACGCUCCAAGGCAGAGAUCCAGAGCGCGAGUGAAUCAUGUGCAUACGUACAAGUCGCGCAGUCUUAUGGGAGUUGUAGUCUGAAUAUUGCCCAUCGAAUUGCCGAUGGGUCGCUAACGCCUCAGGUUGGGACUAGCACUCUGGGCAUUAGUCUGGAUAAUGGUGAUCUGGCCUUCACACAGACGGAGGACAGUGCGCUUGUCUUUCUGGGAAUUUUACUUUCGGUUCUGGUUCGGCCUAGUAGCUCAGCUUCCUGUCAAGAGUUGAGAUGCCCUAUGCCACCUUGUGGCAGAUGCAGGCUGCGUUGUUUCCCUAAGGACCUGGCUAUGAAGCUCCGUGCCUGAUUUACAACCACACAGCGCAGCUUUGUGGGCGUUUGAAGCGGCAUACCAUUUCCCGUGGUGCCCCGGGCGUCCCCUCCCCCUGAGGCUUGAGACAGCGCGCGAAUCUUUAUGGGCGUUGGACAAAGCAAUCCGUUUCCCGUGGUACCCCGGGCGUCCCCGCCCC